UGAAGUCUCCUGUAAAGAAGGUGGAAAAAACUGUGUACAUCGUUUGUGAAUCAUUCCUUAUUAUUUCCUAAUUACGCAUGAAUUCAAACACGUCUGUCUUUUAAAAGAAUUCAUAUUUAGUUUUGACAGAUUUUAAAAUGUCUUGGGGCGCGCCUGGUGCAAGACCUCAGUAUAGUGGCUAUGGACAACCUCAAGGAGGUGGCUACAACCCGUCAGCUCCCCCUGGUGGUGGGGGGUAUGGUGCCCCUCCACCCUAUCAACAGCAGCAACAACAACCCCCACCAGGGUAUGGUCAGCCUCCUCCCCAGUAUGGUGGGGGAGGCUACCAACAAGGGGGUUACCAGCAACCACCCCAAGGGGGCUACCAGCAAUCUGGAUUUGGAGGCGGAUAUGGAGGGGGGGCUCCUCCUCAAGGAUAUGGGGGCCCAGGGGGAGCACCUCCUAGAGGCUAUGGGGGCCCUGGUCCUGGGGGACCACCAGGAGGGUAUGGUCCACCCCCACCUCCAGGAGUCAGUCAGGAAGUCUGGGAGAUGUUUCAGACGGUAGACCAGGAUAGAUCAGGAAAAAUAACUUCUGUGGAGCUUCAAAAAGCCUUAUUGAAUGGAAACUGGUCGCCGUUUAACCAUGAGACAUGCCGAUUAAUGAUAGGAAUGUUUGAUCACAACAAGAAUGGAACUAUUGAUGCCCAAGAAUUUUCAGCAUUAUGGAAGUACAUACAGGACUGGAAGGCAUGCUUUGAAAGAUUUGAUACAGACAAAUCCGGAAACAUCGACGCCAGAGAGUUACACACUGCCUUCCAGACAUUUGGCUACAACUUAUCCCCCCAAUUCUGUGACACUGUAGUCAGAGUGUUUGAUCGACGCGGCGCCAGAAACAUCAACUUUGACGAUUUCAUACAAGCUUGUGUAAUGCUGAAGACCCUCACCGACAAAUUCAGGGUCAAGGACUCUCAGCAACAAGGGGUCAUCAAUAUCAGCUAUGAAGAUUUCCUGGAAAUGGUUUUGGACAACACGAUUCUGAAUGUCAGGUGAUUUUGAGGACAUUUUGAGCUGAAAAGGAAAUUUCCCAAAUUGACCAAAUACUUCCACAAACUGAUAAAAAAACAUCAUGGGUCCAUACUCAUCUGGAGUUGAUCAGUAACCUUUGACCUCUUGUUAAUCAGGUCAUUCAUGGUUCAUUGAUUUAAUGGAAGAAUGUUUAACUUUUAUUAUAUGUAGAAUCUAUAGUUGUGAAAUUUUCAUCUGAUUGCAGUCUAAUUAGAUAUAUAUACCGUACUGGUAUGUACAUACUGUAUAGAAUUUCUCUAUUUGUUGAUAUUCAAUGAAUAGUACCAGUAGUUAUGUAUGUUUUAUACAAAACGGUACAUUAAGGUGGAAUGGGACACUUGUGUUGUUGUGACAUAUUGUUUAUUGAAAUAAACAAUAAAAUCAAGUGUAAUUAUGUAAUUAGUUUCUUUACCAAUAUUGUCACCUAACAGAGUAGUGCAGUGGGUGCGAGGGCUUACUACGAAUCUGUAAGUCAUGAGUUCGAAUCCCACUGGGGGUUUUACAACUCUCCAAAUAUUUCAAAAGCUAUUUUUUGAUUGAAUAUAUUAAAAUUUGAAAAUUAUAAACAGAUAAGAGUAUUUUAAUUACAAUGUUCUUCAAUCCACAUUAAUAUUAACAGGUGUCCCAUACAACCUUAAUUUUGUCUUUAUAAACCAACUGACAUAAAACUUGUUGUCCAAAUGUUUUGAAAUGGUGAUGAAUGAAAUAUGAUGCAAUCUGCUGAAUUUUUAGUUUUUGGUGCAAAGUGUUGUAGCAAGAAAGUCUAAAUACCAAAUAAUUUUUGUGUUUGAUGGGGGGGGGGGGGGUGAAAAAUGACAGAAUUGGACGCUGUUAUGAGUUUUAUUUACACUUAAUGCAACACAGUUGCAAGGAGGUACAUGUAAUUAUAAUAAGGUGCUUUCUAUUUGUGUCUGUUAAAGAAACGCUUGUUGUAAAGGGCUGCAUCAGCAUUCAAUAUAGAGGGACUUUACUUAUCUUGGAUAAAGGCCUUGCUUCUUUUUACCAUGUAUUGUAAAAUAUUUUUAUCAGAGUCUACUGUUUAUUCUGUGGAUUCAUAUCAGCAUUGCUCUCUGCAGAGGUGUUAACGAAUUAAAAAUGCAAUGUUCUGUUGUCAUGGUUGUAAGUUGUUAAUUAAACUAGUUAAGCUGUACAGCUUCAAGUUAAUAAAGGACUGAACUGAGCUUAAGACUGUUAGCUGGUCCAUCACUAGAAAUUGGAUCAUAUAUAUAUAAACAUGAUUUAGUUUUCGUUCGCUUUUUAUUAAAGUGACAAAAAAAAAUACUUCUAUGGGUGCAGUAUAUUUCAUUGUCAAUUUCACUAAUAUAAGAAUAUGAUUUAAUAAAUGUAAAACAUGGUAAAACAAGCAAUUCUUUAGAUCUCUUUUUUCUGUCAUACUUGCUAUUUAUAAUUAUUCUCUUUGAACUCUUAGAAGUCUGAUCUUGUCAGUUUCCUCAUUAAUUUCACAUUACAUUCCCAGACUUAUAUUAUUUUCUUUUUCAUCUGAAAUUGUUAUUUUAAUAUAAAUUGUUAUACUUUAUCCUUUGAUGCCAUUGUUGCCCACGGGCAAGCAGAUAUUAAUAGUAGUAUAUUCUCUGUUAUACGGAUGUUGAUGAAUUGAUUGUAUUUAGUCUGGAGAAGUAAUGAUCAAGUUCCUAGUUUAUAAUUCAAUAGAUGUGUUGUUAGAACAUAUAGUUUUGACACUCUUCAUGCAUUUUUCAUGCAUAUGUUUAUACAAUGUAAUAGUUUUGAUCAAAUUUCUAUAAAAUGAAAAGAGAAUUUA